AUGCAGCCUGGCCAGUCUGGGUCUGGUGGCGGGGGCCCGUCGACCUACCAGUCCUUUUCUGCCGCAGGGUCACAGACGUCUUCAUCGCAACAACAACCGCCACCUGGCUCAUGGGCCCCACACUGGCCACCAGGACAUUUGUCGCGUCACUCGAUAGACGCCCCACAUGUGAUUGUCAAGUCGGCAUCCUCGAGCCCAGACCACCGGCGCGAUACGGGCGAUGACCGCGACCACGCAGACACGACCGCCCCCAGCACAGGUCCGGACAUUGUCUUUACGCGUGACGUCACAAACAGGCAGCCUCGCAGUAUGAUGGCGUGUAUGCGCUGCCGCCGGCAAAAAAUGAAAUGCGAUGGCCCAGGCAAGGAGCCGUGUCGAGGAUGUCGACAGGCGCAGGUGCCCUGCGUGUUUGAAUCGCGUGCACGCCCAAAGUCGAUUUCCACCAUUCCAUCACGCGGAUCGCCAUUCUUUGCUGGCUCGCUUCCGCCCGGCCGCGGCGGGACUCCGGGCGCUGGAGGGCCGUCGUUUUAUCCGGCCUCGUCGCAACCAGCGCCGCCCAUUACCUCGCGCCCAGCGCUCAUUCCCGACUAUGUGCCCCGGCAAGGACGGGACCCAAGAGAGCCUAUGCCUCCGCCGCCCAACGCUUCUAUUUCGUCUCUGGCCAACGUCGGCGGUGCGCCGUACCCUCCGCCACUUCGUGCCCAUUCACCACCGAUGCACACUCCUCCUUCAGUACCACAGCCACCGGGAUACUACGGCCCCCCGCCCGUUCAAGUGCAACCACCGUACCCUGGCCCCCCACCUCCAAACGUCCCCCCACCGCCUGCUGGCCCGCCGGUGAUGGACCAACGUUUCGACGGACGUCUCAGGAGUCUCGAGUCUGGAUUCCGCGAUGUGUCGGCUUUGCCCGCUGCCGUGGCGGGGCUGCAAGCCACUCUGGGAUCUAUUUUGCGGUCUCAAGAGCACCUCGCGGCUCAGCUGGGGAACAAUAGCACCAGCGGCGGUACGAUACCAUCCGCAUCGCUGGUCCCUACCCGGUCGGCCACAGACGUCGCCGAUCAUGUGUGGGAGAGCUAUCGUGUCGGCGCCUGGCCGCUCACCCCGUGGUUGCCCGGUAUCUCACCGUUGCCCGGUCUCCCUACGUUGACACUUGCAUGCCUGGGUCGUCGAGCUGCCGUGGAGCGCAACGACGCCACUCGACGAGAAGCCAGCGUCGCCGCUGACAAUGUUCUCAACGAGGUCACCCGUCUGCUUUCCUCCCGUCUUCCUUGGACCCGUGACGAGGUCUUGUCCCUGGGCGUCUUCGCCACCUGGACAAGUGACCCGGCACUGAGCUGCUUGGCAACUGGACUGGCACGGGAACUCCAGCUCGACCGCCCUCUCACUCUCCGGAAGAGCCACAACGAGUGGCGCGAGUGGAUCUACGUCGUGCUUGCAGACCACUUGCUGCACCUCCCGGAUUUCAACCGCCCGUCCGUGCACGAGCCCCUCGCUUCACGCUGGCGUGAGCUGGUCCACACGUCCAACCCAGACGACCCGGCCACACACGACCGUGACUCGAAGCUGCUGGCUUGGCUUGAGCUGUCGGAACUGCUCAUCGAAGUUCAAGACGCUCAGCGAGCUCUCCGGCUUCCAGACGGCUCGCCAAACCCUGCAGAGGUCCGCCGAGACUCGGGCUCGGACAGGAGCGACCACGCGCGUCAGACUUCGGGCCCUCCUGCCGGCGACACGCAGACGGACCGCGACCGAGUGGUCACGCGCGACAUCUGGCGGCGAUUCGCGAGCAGGUUUGAGGCAUGGGCCGGCAACAGUGGUGCCCGUCACGACCCAGUGCUGUCGCUCCACUUCAACUAUGCCAUCCUGUACUGUGCCUCGCCAGUGUGGGCAGCCAACGAGCGUCUGUGGAGCUCGCUUUCGCAGACGCACGAGGGCUACCAGCAGCUGGAGCGCGGACGUGACGCUGCGUUUGCCGUCCUGCAAGCACUUGCCGCUCCAGAGAUUGCCCGCACGCUCGCGCACUCGUUCCCGGUCGUUCGGCCCUUUUUCGGACUCGCCAUUGCGCACCUCGUCUCGCUCACGGCCACCAUGAGCCACAACACCAACAUCAUCAGCGUUCCGCAUGUUUUGGGUGCUCUUCGCAACAUUGUCGACAGUCUGGCUACUUGUGCUCCUUAUGACCCUGUUGCUCGCCCGCCGCCCGGCUCCCCGUUGGGUCUCCGCUCGCCGCCCUCUGCACAGGUCCACCCGUCCUCGGAGAGCGGCCAUCCGACAUCACGCACGCUGCCGCCUUCGCUCAUCCUCGAGAUGGCCGAUACGGGCGCCAUUGUUGCAGUCGGCAAGCGCGAGGUCGUCGCUGCCGAGCCCGGACGUGAGCUCUGGACCCGCCUCCUUGGAUAA